AUGUCCAGUGCUGUUCUGCAUAGAGACACCCACUUCAUUCCUAAACAGGCCAUUGGGGGCAAAGGGAGCUAUAUUUUUCUCGAAGAUGGUACUAAAUUCCUUGACUCGACCGGCGGCGCAGCCGUUUCAUGCUUGGGCCAUGGCCAUGAAGGAGUCAAGCAAGCGAUCAAAGACCAGAUCGAUCAAUUGUCAUAUUGCCAUUCCGCCUUUUUCGGUACUCCUGUAACAGAAGAACUAGCACGGUUCUUGACAGAUUCGACUGGGGGCAAGAUGUCUAAACUAUUUGUCGUCAGCUCAGGCAUGUCACCGUCCCUAUUACUUAUCUACUCGGUAUAUCACCCCGGAACAUCACUUCUAACUAGAUCUGAGGCUGUCGAAGCUGCCAUGAAGCUUGCACGACAGUAUUUCCUGGAGCUGCCUACUCCUCAGCCUCAACGCACGAGAUUUAUUGCUCGACUUCCCUCAUAUCAUGGUACGACCCUCGGUGCUCUAGGCCUCGGUGGACAUGUCCUCCGAAGAGAGCCAUUUGAACCAAUCUUAGCGAAGAACAUAUCUCAUGUUUCUCCAUGCUACGCAUACCGUGGCAAGAAAGAAGGCGAAUCUGAUGCGGACUAUGUUGCUCGCCUUGCUGCAGAAUUGGAUACAGAGUUUGAGCGUGUUGGAUCAGAUACUGUUUGUGCCUUUGUCGCAGAGCCAGUUGUUGGAGCUGCUCUCGGCUGUGUUCCUGCAGUGCCAGGAUACUUCCCUGCCAUGAAGGCCGUUUGUGAAAAGCAUGGAGCACUGUUCAUCCUUGAUGAAAUUAUGAGCGGCAUGGGUCGAUGUGGAACUCUGCAUGCCUGGGAGCAAGAGGACAUCGUGCCUGAUAUUCAAACUAUCGGCAAAGGUCUUGGAGGCGGAUAUGCACCCGUCUCUGGAAUCCUCAUCAAUGAUUCAAUCGUGCAGACUAUGGAUAAGGGAACAGGUGUGUUCCGCCAUGGACAAACAUAUCAGGGCCACCCCAUUUCAUGUGCCGCGGCGUUGGCUACACAGAAGACCAUUCAACAGGAGUCUCUCCUAGACAACGUUCGAUCUAUGGGCGCUUACCUUGAGCAACAGCUCCGCCAGCGAUUUGAAGGGCACCCGUAUGUUGGUGACAUCCGAGGCAAGGGAUUAUUCUGGGGAAUUGAGUUUGUCAAAGACAAGAGUUCAAAAGAACCAUUCGAUCCUAGCACUCGACUAUCGUUUCAUAUACAGGAAAAAGGAUUGCUACCAGCAUAUUCCGUUUCUCUCUACGGCUGCCCAGGCACUGUUGACGGCAUUCGGGGUGACCAUGUCAUACUUGCACCUCCUUACAAUGUCUCCAAGGAGGAGAUCGACAUUAUUGUAGAUAUCUUUGGGAAAGUGGUGAAAGCUGUACUUGAAGAGUUAGACUUGUGA